UUUUAUUAAGUCAUCUCGCAAGAAACUUGUUUCUCGAGAACUUUUUAGCAGAAACUUUUUUGUUUUACCGUUCCUUCAAACUACUAUGGCCAUCAGUAUGGAAAACUCGCAGAAAUUUCUGCAGCAAGCUGUGCAGCAGUUGGUGAGUGAAGUCAACUCGGCGCUACCUAAACGCGUCACAAAGAGACGUCUCGACCGAUCCGACCCCAAUCAGCCUGAACUUGUUCGCUGCAAACGGCGAAUUCACUUCAACUAUUUGCAGCAAACUCCUCCAGUUGCCGUAGCCCGCCGAAAUGAGAGGGAACGAAACAGAGUGAAACUUGUCAACUUAGGCUUCACCAGCCUUCGUCAACAACUCCCAAACGGCGCUGCCAACAAGAAAAUGAGCAAAGUAGAAACAUUGAGAUCGGCCGUGGACUAUAUUAAGCAGUUACAGGAUCUUUUGGACGAGACGGACGCUGUUAACGCCGUGUUCAACAACAGUUCACUCUCACCGACAUGUUCCCUGACAAGCUCGCCGUCGCCAUCGAGUUAUUCCCCCGAGUCGUCAUCCAGCGAGGUGCUCACACCGGAGGAAGAAGAACUUGUUAAUUUCACAGACUGGUUUACGAUGAAUGGGGCGUGCUGAGACAGUUAAUGAUGCUGUUUGUUUUUAUUAUGGAGAGGGCGUGUCCCCAGCAAGAUGUGACCAAUGACAAUCUUCGACGUCGCUUGCGUCAGGCGCGCAUUCCUGCCAAUCAACAACCAUCGAGAGCUUUGAAGAUCGCAGCCGGCCACACCGAGAGGGAAAACCACACCGUGGUUCUCCCGUACGGGAAACGGCCGUUGUGAACAAAGAAACUCUAGCGGGACCGUGAGGCGCUAGGACACCGCUCCUGACUGUGCUGGUACCGGGGAGUAGGCAUGCCGAACUCGGGUUGAGAGACACAGCGUUCAGUGGGACCCUGUUUGGAAAGGGGGAAAUCAACAAGUUAUUAUUCCCCCUUCAAACGUAAGAUCUUCAAAAACUAACAUUUCACUGACUGUUUUCAGCUACUUUCGCGUGCUACUCACGUUGCCGAUAUUUUGUACAAUUUCUUUCAAAAAGACAAAUAUUAGAAAAGUGUUAAUUGGUGGACAACAUAAACAGGCUUACUUUCAAAAAGUAACAACUUGUUUGUUGAGAUCAUGUGUUCCUAUCCAUUUGCAUCUGUUUCAUUACGCAAACAACUAUUGAAUCAUGCAGUUUAAUUUUGUAAUACUUUUUAUACUAAAAAGGGGAUAAUUUAUUAAGUGCCUGUUUGUUCGCUUUAUGACCGUAUACUUAGCGUGCCUUCCAAUAUUUUGUAAAUAUUAAUAAAUAUUGUAAAAUAUAUUAUUUUGUACAGAGAGAACUUAAUACAUGCAAAUUUUGACAUAAUGUAUUCAUUUUUUAACAACAAAUUGUGUAUCGCAAAUCAAUCAAUACAAUUGAUUUGCAUAUCGACCGCUCAUGUCAGCAUUCCAUUCUAUUGUAGUGAUUAUCUUCUUUUAGGAAAUCGAAUAAUUUUUUAAAGCAUUGUUAUAUAACAUAUUUUUUAUAUCAUUGAGAUUUUAUAGAUACUUUUCCACUUUUAAUUGACUCUUUGUAGUUCUUACUCGAAAUCAGGCAGUUUUUCAAAGGCUUGGAACAUAAAAAAACUCGGUACAUUCUGUCAUGUGAUGAAAGAUAAUUAUGUAAAAUUUCAGCGGUCUGUCAACCAACUUUUUCACUAAAAAAUGAUGUACAGUAAAGUACGAUGGUGCGGUGUUUUGGGCUUCACAGUACCAAGACGCAUCUAAAAGAGAAUUGGUAUUAAACAAAUUGUUUACACUUCCAUAUUUCCUUACAAAUAAAUGGAAAAGGACCCGAUAAUGUGGAUGUUAAUUGGAACAGUGAGGACGAUGGUGCUGACUGUUAAUUGUGUGCUAUCGGAAUUCGCUGAGUAUUCUUUCUUACUGCCUUUAUUAUUGACACCAUUUUUAUAGUAGAUAUGUUAUUUUUAUUAUCGGUUAGGGACAACAAUACUUUCGAAUUGAAGUUUGCCUUAACGUUAAAAAUCUGUGGAGAAAGACUAAGGGACUUAAGAUUGCUUCAUUGUUUUAAAAUUCAAAUUAAUUGUCACUGUUUUCCGUUUGGUUGUGGAUUUAUGUUUAAGCAAUGCUGGUGAAGGUUUAUACUGUACGGUUUUUCAAGGCAUAUGGACAUUGACAAAUUUGAUAACGUGGCAAGAAAACUCAGAUAAUUUCGGAUAAUUUAAUAGGACGUACAGACGUUGUUAGCUUGUACCAAAUGUACGUGUUUUCUCAGCGGUGACAUUUGAAUACUAAAAACAAUUUUCAAGUAAUUUCAUUUUUUUGUUUAUAGUUUUUCAACUGGCUUUAUCGAGCUUGACAAAAAUUACACAUGUGCUUUAAAAUACUUUGACAAAAUCAUUGAAUUAAUAAUAAAUAAAUAAGGGACAACCUUCGGAAACUUAAUCGGUGCAUCACCCUUCAUGGAAACCGAACAAUACUUUAGCAUAGUGAGAGUUUGUAAGUUUGAUAGAUUUUAUGAGACUAACAAUUCACAGAUAUAAGCUAAAGUCAAGUUUAGUUUCAAUAUUUGUUAAAAGAGAAUUACAGUCUCUCAAUAUAGAAUUAUUAUGACGUUAAAGGUAUCAAUAUGGGGGUAAAAUUAUUGUACCGAUAAUUUGCAUACUUCCAGGUAUUUUAUCAACGGCGUCAAUACACAUUAAUAUUUAUCGUUGCCUGGUGUGUUUAGUUAAGAAUAAAAUAAUAAUAAUAAUAAUAAUAACCAUAGUUUGUGGAAAGAUCUACCAAUCGAAACGAGGAAAUAACUCUCCGGAGAAUUGGAGGAAAAUAUUUGUUUGUCAAAAUCAAAACUGAAAGUUUAUUUUUAUACUCGGAUCUGACAAUGAAUGGUUACAAACUAGGAGUCAUUUUGUAAUAAAUAAUACAUCCUUAGGACGUUCAUGUAAAUACGAUUCUUGUUUUCUACGAUAAUUUUUUUUAAAGAGUUUAAUAAAGUAAA